UUAUCUCGAUGUGUCCUUGCGACCAGACGGUCAGAACUGGGUUUUGGAUAGGAAAUAAGAAAUCGCGAGUGAGUGAGUGUUUUGGGGUUGGUCCGGGUUAGACGACAACGAGUUUUGUCCGUCGGAUGCCAUCAGACGGGGUACCGUAGCUUAGAGUGAAGAACCGAUGAGAACGACAACGACGACGACGACGGUUCGACCGGAAAGUGUAUUCGUGCACAAGAAGACGGAAAAUGAAGUUUGAAGGGAGAAAAAUGUAUAGUGGAGUGUGAUAGAGAACAAUAAAUAACACUCAAGACACCCGGCAAGCCAAAGGAAAAAAAGUGGGAAAAGAAGGAAAAUGCAUGCUUACCGAGAAAAAUGAGCUGUAUAGAUAUGAAAUUCAAUUACAGUAAGUGAAGUUGAAUAGAGGCAAGUGAAGGGAAAAAGUACGAGCGCGCCACUGUGAUGACAGCAGAAUUCAAAAGAUGCCAAGAAGCUACAUCUCCGACGAUGAAGAUGACGCUCCAAAACGACUUACGAACGGCGAACGGAUGUUGCUGAAGGAUAAAAGAAGUUACGAUGUGGGAGUGAAAACUUUUUUAUGUAGAAAUAUGUGCCACCAGUGAUUGUGAUAAGUUCGUCUCCUAGCGGAAAAUGUAGAUGAAGUAAAAUAUUUUGUGAUGACAUCGUCGUACUGCUCACAUCAUCAGUGUAACAAUGUCGCAUUCGCGACCAUUGUCUUUCUUCUUACGACGAUGAUAGACUUGAGAGAACAAACCGUGCUCACCGAGCACCCAACAUCAGCAGCAGCAGCAGCAGCAGCAACAACGGCAGAGAACGUAGCAUAUUCUAAACAAAUCACUGGGAAUAGCAAAUUGUCAUCGCCGACGAUGGUACCAUCGUCGACGGAGAAGAUAUUGCUAAAUGUGACAACGACAGACACGUUGACAUCCGUCGAGCAGCAGCAGUUUCAGCAGCAUCAGGGCGGCACGAUGACACCUCGACACAACGAGGAAGCUGCACAGCUGCAACAGUCAACACCUACGACAGAAAUGUCCUCACCAGCUGCAGUAGCCACUGUGGAGCCAUUACCGACGGCAUCGGCAUCGGUGACGGUAGUGCAGCCAACGAUGGAUCAAUACAAAUCCAACUAUAGUAUAAAAUUCACAACUUUUCGACCAUUACUAGUACCUACUUUACCUGAUAUUCGACAUAGGAUUAUACAUUCGAUGCCUUAUCAGUCCAAGCAUCACCACGAGCGGCACUGGGGUCCAUUUUUCGAAGAGCCACUCAACGUGACUUCCGGAGCAUUGCAGGUUGGCUACCAUUUGUCAACGGAAGCCAUUCUCAACUGUAGGGUAGGAAUGCUCAAGGAUAAAACGGUGAUGUGGAUCCGCCGGACGACCGAUAAGGUAUCGCUGCUCACGGUGGGCAACAACACGUACAGUGGCGAUCCGAGGAUAAGGGUUAAAUUUCAAUAUCCGAAUAAUUGGCGGCUACAUAUCAACCCAAUCAAGUAUGACGACGGUGGCCUGUACAUGUGUCAGGUCUCGACACAUCCGCCCCGGGUCUUCGCCACCAAUCUCACAAUUCUAGAACCCGCAGUCCGGAUAGUGGACGAAAUGGGGUACGAGUUCUACGAUCGAUAUUACAAAUUAGGUAGCACAAUCGAUAUAUCAUGCCAGGUGUCCCUGUCCUACCUGGCAACACUGCCCACCGGGACGCCGGGACCAAACACGGUGGGCCAUCUCGUUAACAGUUUUCAGCAGCAGCCGGUCCCGGGGACUGCCGCUGGUGCCGGCGAUGGGACGCGACCGGCCGACUCCAAGCAGCUCAACGAAGGAGUGAUAACUAGCAAUAACAAUAAAGAUAAGACCAAACAGUCGUUGCCGCAAAAUAUCGUUUGGAAAAAGGAUGGCACCGUGCUGCCAAAGGAUAUCAAGUUAAGCUCUAGCCUCUCGAAGCAGUGGCUCAGCAUCCGAUUGUCCAUUAUCCAGGCCGAGCGGACGCACAGCGGUCUGUACACUUGCACAGUGGCCGACAAGCAGACGACUUCCGCACAAAUUCAAGUGCUGAAUGGUGAGACUCCGGCUGCGGUUCAGCACAACCAGGGGGACAAAGAACGUGCAAUUUCGGCACUUAUCUUCUAUUGCGUCCUCUGUUGGAUCCAACUGCACAUAUCCUACACGUAAUGUCCCCGGAGCGAGCUGGCUGCACCCAUAACCCGACUGCGACAAUAUACCAAUCAUUCCGAAGCACGCCACCACGCCAUCAAGAUUAAUUAUUCCGGCCCGGGCGACUACUGCUGUGGCAUCAGACGGCGUAUCCCGCACACACCUUUUGGUUGACCGACUGUCUCGGCUGGGUGAACUUCUUUCCACACCGAGCGCCAUCAUUCGAUUAGUGCAAGAUGAAAUCUGCGAGAAUAAUGAAGCUCCUCCGGACGCCAGUAGACGAGAACCGGUCGACGGGACAAACAAUGAUUUUCAAGAGUCAUGAUUUAUGUAUCAUUUUUCACUGCACGCUGCGGUUCGUGCCAAACCGAGUCAAGCUCCUAAACCAAGCGCUCGCCCCCCACUUAAUCACGAUUGUAACUCAAUUGAGUCCCCCCGAGUUUCGACCCAGAAGCAAUCACGGCCACGAGGGGCUUCCGGCGGGGAAGUUGAGCAUUUUGUAAUGUAGCUGACGAAAAACGACACACAAAAAAUCAAAAUGUAAAUUAUUUUCUAGGGAUUGAAUUUUAUCGAAUUGUUACACGUUUAUCGAGGAUUAUGUAAAUACACCCACGUAAGCACAAGUUGUCAGAAGAUGUUUUGAGUGAAUACUGGUAAAUUCAAACUAGUUAAAAACUCUAGAGGACUUUGGAAUUAAUGGAGUAUUAUCAAUUUCAUCAGAACAAACAUUUUAAACCGAAUUGCAAAAACAGUGUUAGAAAUAACUAUACUUCAAAAUAAUAAUUACCAACCCUAUGCAUAUAGAGAAAAACAACACAAACACCCAAACACACAAGAAAAAGCAACACUCACACAAACUUUAAAAGAAAACAGUAUCUACUAAGAUGAAUGUAUUAUGUAUAUUAUGGAAACAAGAAAUAAUUCUUGAUGAAAAAUUGUACCACUUGAACCGAAACAAAAUAAAACAAAUAUACGACAAAAAAAGGAGAAUUGUGACGUCUCCAGCAGCGUAUAUAAACAAAUGCAAUAAAUGGAUAUUUGUUUUCCCUUC